AUGGGGGAGAAUGUCCACGAUCUCGUGGAAAUCGUGGAAUGUAAGCUCGACACAGCGAAAUACAUGGAUUCCGUCAGGAGCCCAGCCGCCGGAGCGAUCGCGAGCUUUGGCGGCACGACGCGGGAUAGAUUCCAGGGCAAACAGGUUCUAGAGCUUCGCUACGAGGCAUACGUGCCAAUGGCGAGCUCGCAGCUGCGCAAGAUCUGCCAGGCGGCCCGGGAGAGGUGGGAAUUGAUCGGCGUGGCCGUGGCGCACAGGAUUGGCGUGGUGCCCGUGGGGGAGGAGAGCGUCUUUGUGGCCGCCUCGUCGAUCCACAGGAAGGAGGCGCUCGCCGCUUGCCAGUUCUUGAUUGACGAGAUCAAGGCCUCGGUGGCGAUCUGGAAGAAGGAGAUCUACGCGGAUGGGGAGGCCUGGAAGGAGAAUGCCGAAUUCGAGAGCACUAGGAGGAGCUGUUCCUGUGGUAAUUGAUAAAGAAGAAAAUUCCACUCGUAUAAACGGUGGAGAUUUGGCC